GCUGUACGCCAGCUGCAAGAACACACCGAAUGGGUCAAAGACUUAAGUGUGCGGCACCUGCGAACUAAGCGGCUUCCGAAAGGUCCCCCGCCCGGGGCGCUUCCCGGAGACCCCGCCCCCACCGCCCCGCGUCCCCCUGCCGGCCCAGGGCCACUGGCGGAGCGGCGCUUACCUUUGUUUCCUUGACCUUUUGGUCUCUGCAGGGGAAGGAAACGUCGCCGAGCAGCAAGUUGUCCAAAGGAGAAAUAGAAAAGGAAGAACAAAUUAAGGCAGGGCUCGAGGAGGGAAUAAAGGAGCAGGCCCGAGGAAAGGCGUCAGGAAUGGUGGUGAGGAAGAGGCUGUAAACGGGAGGCGGGGGAAAGCGCCAAGCCCGCGGGACCGGGGAGAAAACGCGGCGGAGGCGCCAGCGGCAACGCGAAGAACCCAGGGCUCUAAGGAAGGGGAAGGAAACAAGGAAGGAAAAUGAGGCCCGCUGAGAGAAGGGAACGCGGCGCUGCCCGGGCUGUGGGCUCCGAGGCCCAGGGAGAAGCGGGAAGAGCAGGUUGAGAGCGAGGCGCCGGGCGCGGCCGGCCUGAGAGGCCCGAAACUCGGCCCCCGAGAGGCGCCGCCUCAGCUCGGCCUGCCCGGGGGCGGCGGGCCCGGGCCUAGUCGGGCUCCUUCUCUUCCCACACAAUGGCCGAGGCAUGCGGGCCGGGCCUGUACCUGCUCCAAAAGGCUGCUGGCCGACAUGGCUCUCGGAUCCUUGCGGGCAGCGAAGGCGGCGAACUCUUCUCAGCGCGGCGGCGGCGGCAAAUGAGCCCCGGCUGCGGGAGCAGGCGGCGGCUUUUGUCCCUGACACUCGGGGGCCUCGGCGGGCGCAGCGGAGACACAGCGCGCGGCUCAGGCUCCGGCUCCGACUCGGCGACGCUCUAGCCCAAGAGCUCAACGCCCGUCUCUAUGCUUUCACGCGCGCGCCCGCCCCUCACAGCCGAAAGCAGAUAGUCGAACAGCGGAGGCGGAGGGCGCGCGCGGCGCGAGCGCUGACUCUUAACAUUCACUCACCCACGCGGAAGGGGCCCGGCGCGAAGCACCUCGGGAAGGGAAAGGCCGGCCGCGGCGCCCUCUGGCGGACUGGAGGAGCGGAAGCUGCACGCACGGCCUCCCCGCCCCCACCGCCCCAGGAUUAAGGCCUAGGGGGUUGGGGGCGAUCAGGAUCGAACAGGAGGUUUUGACUCACACCUGGAAAGAGUAGCUUUGGCUUCCGAAAACUACAAAAGCCGGUUUCUCAGUGAGGGAGGGGCCUCCGGAGCCCGCGAGACCUUAAAAGGAACCUGCCACCCAGCUGCAAGUGCUACCCUACCCCCAUCUGGGAGCAUUGCAGGAAGGAGAAUCUACAAUUUCUUUUCGAGGAAAUCGCUGGCCUCCAAGAUAAUCUGUUAAACUGUGGACUUUAUUUCCAAGAAAAAUACACCUCACGCAUCUACACAAAACUUUCAAGGAGUCCAGAGAACGUAUGAAUCCGAAGGACCUCAAGAGGGAAGAAAGGAAAUUAACAUUAUUGAAAUACCUGCUGUGGGCCAGGCUUUGUUGUUAGGUAUUUUCAAACACAUUAAAGUCUUUAGACAACUUCAAAA